UUAACAACAUCAAAUAUAGCCGACGACGAUAUAUUUCAUUGAAAAAAAGCGAAACUUUUGUAAUUGUUUGCUGUUGUAUUGUUUUUACAACAUUACGAAAGUAAGAAAACCAUGCCUCCAUCAACUAUUACAAUGAAUGAAGCCGAUGUGGUGAAGUUAAUUUCAGAAUUUCUUCAAAAUCGUGACUUAAACAUUUCUAUGUUGUCUUUGGAACGUGAAACGGGUGUAAUAAAUGGAAAAUUCUCGGAUGACAUGCUGUUUCUGCGCCAGUUGAUACUUGAUGGACAAUGGGAUGAUGUCAUAGAGUUUGUCCAACCACUGGAGACAGCUGAUGGCUUUGACUCUCACAAAUUUCAAUAUUUGAUUAACAAACACAAAUAUUUGGAACUCCUGUGCAUUAAAUCUGAGCCAAAUGUUUUUCAGAACUACGAGUUUACAGUUGAUGAGGUUGUAAAAACCUUGAACAAUCUUGAAAACCUUUGCCCAACAAAGGAAGAUUAUAGUAAUUUGUGUUUGUUGCUGACAUUACCCAAAUUGUCGGAUCAUAGUGACUAUCAUGACUGGAAUCCAAGCAAUGCCCGCGUUGAAUGCUUCAGAAGUGCUUAUUUGCUUGUUGAAAAAUUUAUGCCACUGGAUAAAAAUGAUAACAAAAUGACAAUGUCUCAAAAUGACCGUCUCCUACAGUUACUCCUGAAAGGAUUGCUGUUUGAGUCCUGCAUAGAGUUUUGCCAGCAACAAGCCACCAAAGAAGGGUCUGGAGAAUUGGACUUAAAGGAUGUUUCAUUGUUGAUUGACAGUGGCUUCAGCGAUGCAGAUUUAAGUUUAUUGUCUUGGCUACAGAGUGUUCCCUCAGAUGUAUUUGCCAUACCUUUUGAACAGAAAUCUAUGAAUCUAGACAUACGGCCACUGAUGAAACCAUCAUUAGAAGCUUCAUGGUCAGAACAAAUUCUUGUUACCCCAAUUAAACCAAAAAUGUUUCCACACUCGGCUGUUCCUAAUAUGCGUCCAAGGUCAGCAGAGAUAAUGUCAAGGUCUUUAAAUCCACAGUUUGAUGGGCUAACAAGUGGACUGUGGAAUGGAAGAAAUAUAAUGAACUCCUCUUUUAAUAGUCGAAGUAUUCUUUCACAGUCUGUUAUACCUGGUAUAAUGACACAGAGUUUAAAAGCAAAAAAUCCAAUGGAAAUGUCCAUGCACAAGCUGUUUCAAGAAGGAGAAAAACUUCAAACAGAAACUGCUUUAGGUGACAAAUUACAGAAAAGGAAAGAAGAAACCUUGCCAAAGCCAGUAUCAUCACAGCCUACACAGAAACCUUCCCAAUUGCAAAAUGUUCCAAAGCAAAAUGUUCAACCUAUCACUCCACAAAGAAGUGCUACUCCCCCAAAGAUGUCCACGAGCUUUCACAAUAAGACUCCACAGUCGUCAAUUCGUCUGCAGCAGUCUCAGCCAGUCCCACCCCAGCGCUCACAGUCUCCGACUAGAAGUAUCACUGUGGACAACAGACAGAGCACUGAGAGAAAUUCUGAAUUUCAGAGCUCUAACAGAGAUUCUAGUUCAGAGCUUUACAAAGAAUACCAGAAACAGAGACAAAUGCUUCAGGAGAAGCUUGCUGAGCAGGAACGACAGCGAGAGAAGUUUGCACAGGAGUUACUGGACUUGGAGAGCAAAGAGCUGCAGGACCUAGCAGACAACCGUCUGCUAGAGUCACAAGAUGUCAGAUUAUCUCAAGACAAAGAUUUACGUACUGGCAGUAUUCAGCCUGUGCCUGUGGAGCAGAAACUGGUUCAGAAGGUCAUAAUGCAAACUAUUAGGACCAGUACACCCAUAAAAACUGAAGAUGAAAAUACUCGAUCUGCAGGUGAGCACCCAAUUGUGAAACCUGUAGGUCACCAACUGGAAACAUUCACAGCCUGUGAAGGCUUGGCCCUGCAGUUUACCCCUGUGAAGGGGCCAAGUGAUUACAAUGGCUUCCAUGAACCGCCCAGCUUCUUAACUGAGGCAACUCCAGAGAUGAAAUCUGUCCCAAGUCAGGCCAAGCAAUGCACUGUUUCAAAUCUGACAAAGAAAAGUCAUCCCAACUUCACGCCCAUACAAACACCACUUGAUCCAAGAGCAGUGACAGAGCCACCAAGUUUCUUAUGUGGGGAAUCACCAGCUUUUAGAUUAGACAAUCAUCAUACCGAUGAAGGUUCCUCAGAAUUGCAAGUGCUUAAUCUACAUAAAGAAUUAUCGAAACCAGAAGACACUGCACAUGGAAAAGGAGAACGUAAAGCCAAGUCCCUAUCUCCUCCCACUAAGGCUCAAGCAGAAAGGCUGGGAAGUAUGUUCACAGUGAAUGGCAAUGUUGCCAACUAUGCAAGUAAGACUGCUCGCCCCAAGACAUCUACGAAUAAACCAACUGGAUUGAAUAGAUCAAACUCAACCAAACUGCCUGCCUCAAAGAAACCUGUGCUUAGUGCCAAUAGUAAAACACUCCCAAGAACCAAGUCUAUGAGGAGCUCUACCAAGAACCAGCAUACAGGUUCCCAGCAGAAUCUGCAAGUCGGCGCCCAGACACUGCCCAGAAAGGGAACCAGGGCUAUUUCAGUUCAGGAGAAUGGGGCUGGGAACCAGUCAGGGGUUAGAAAAAACUCCAAGGCUGGUUCCACCGAUCCCACUACCAGACCAAACAACAUAAAUUUGAGUGCUGGGCCAGGGAUCAGAAAGUCUAUUGGAAGGCGUAGUUCAGACAGUCCUGGCCAGCAUGAAGGGAGGAGUCUACACCUGUCUGACAUCUCAAGCAGCCCAGUGCACGGUCGCAGCAAGAGUCAGGUGGGCGGCCGGUCCCACUUCCUGCCAGUGGCCACCCUGGAGGACAUGCAGGCCAUACGGACCGUGGCCUUCCACCCAACAGGGGACGUCUACCUGGUGGGCUCCAACACAAAAACCCUCCGCAUCUGUGAGUUCCCAGACCUUGAGAAGCUCCAGUUGAACCACAUGACGUACCCGAGCAAGGUUCUGUACCAGAAGCACAAGCAUCACAAAGGCAGCAUCUACUGCAGUGCCUGGAGCCCCAUGGGGGACCUUGUGGCCACAGGAUCAAAUGACAAGACCAUCAAGAUAAAUAGGUUCAACCCUGACACCUGCACUCUCAAUGAUGAUGACCUGGAGCUGACGUUCCAUGAUGGUACGGUGCGGGAUCUGGUGUUCAUGCAGGACCUCAGUAACCGCACAUCCCUGUUGAUCAGUGGUGGCGCGGGGGACAGCAAGAUCUAUGUCACGGACUGCGCCACUGCUGUCCCUAUACGUGCCAUGUAUGGACAUUCAGGUUGUGUGUACUCAUUGCACACCUGGGGCAGGUGCAUGUUUGUGAGUGGAGGGCAGGACAAAACCGCGCGCUUCUGGGACCUCCGAGCUUCAACACCCAUCACUGUCAUACCCAGCCCUACAGACAGCGCCUAUGCAUCCGUGUGUGUGGACCCCACAGAAAGGAUGCUGUGUUCUGGCCACGAGGAUGGCUCUGUGAUGCUGUUUGAUAUCCGCGCCUCUCGGGCCAUCCAGAGUUUCCGUGCACACAAGGAUGAGUGUCGCUGUGCUCGUUUCUCUAUGAACGCCCUCUAUCUCCUCUCCAGCUCAUAUGAUGGGCGCGUGGUUCUAACAGAUAUGCAUGGUGAUCUGAUGAAGGCCCUCCCUAGUGUGGUGGCAGCCGAGCACCGAGACAAAGUCAUCCAGUGUCGCUGGCACCCUCAGCAGCUAGCUUUCAUCUCCUCCAGCGCUGACAAGACUGUCACAGUCUGGGGGCUGCCUGUCUAAAAACUGUUAAUAUAACCUAUUGGGGAGACACUAAGGCUGCAAGGAGUUAGUGGACAAACCAUUUCUUGCUGUUUAAGUUUGGACUGGAUUACUGAUAAUUAAUUAUGUGUUGGUGUAGUUUUCUGACGCAUUGUAUAUCAACUCAUUUUGACAGUUAAUGUAACAAUGUCAUAGGUGCAGUAUGCUGAUUUUCUGACUUGUUUUAUUUGACUUUUCAUGUAAUACAAGAUGUCGUUCAAAAGUUACAUGAAUUGUUAAAGAAAAUCAAUCAUGAUUGAGUUACGAUGGUCUCACUCUUUGUAUGUGCAGUUGUUGGUAACAUGCAACCUUUAAGCCUCAUUUGUUUCAAUACACUGAGACAAGGAAGUUAAGCAGUUUUCACUUAAUUGCAAACAAAUGAUAUGAUGUAUAUGUAAGAGCUUAUUAUUGAAAUCUCAAACUGUUGUUUACGUAGGACUGGUAGAAAGUGUUCAUUAAAUUGUAUACCUUUUGAUCUGACAAUAAAUAAUUGUAUCUUUUUA